CUUUUUCCUACAUAAUAUUUUACACGCAAUUUCUACGUCGUUUUAGAAGCAAUCGGGGUUUCUAUAUAAGAUUUUUUCUUGUGUAUACCUAAUCGUCUAGCCAGGCGUAUGUAUAUAAGGAAAGUAAUCGAUAACAUCCGCCGUGACAUGUAUUGCGCCAAACGUCAGCCGGAACGCGGCGCCUGUCAAAAUUACACUCCGAGUCGACGAGGUGAGGUUAUGCGUCUCCGCUGUUUAUAAGCGUGUAUUAUUUUUCAGUCGUCCAGUCACUUUCUCUCGCGAGACGUGCGAUGAUCCCUCGAACGUUCGUCGCUCUGUUGCUCGUUGCCGCAUCGCUGCCGGCAUUCGGUGACACCGCCUCCGCGCAUAUCCAUACUCAUCAGCAUAACAAGAUCGACAGCAAUGAGAGGAUGGAGGAUGGGGCCUUCAGUCCUCGCGACGCCGAUCACUACGCGGAGGGCGAGCAUCACCAGGAGUUCGAUCACGAAGCCAUCCUUGGAAGUGUAAAAGAAGCAGAAGAAUUUGAUAAACUUCCAAUAGAAGAAUCCAAGAGGAGAUUAGGAAUUUUACUAACUAAGAUGGAUUUGAAUAACGACAAAUACAUCGAGAGAAAUGAACUAAAAGCUUGGAUCUUACGUUCGUUUAGCAUGCUGUCUGCAGAAGAAUCUCAAGAUCGCUUGGACGAGGCUGAUACAGAUGAAGAUGGCAAGGUGACUUGGGAUGAAGUCCUGCAGGAUACUUAUGGUAGCGAUCCUGAAGAUUUGGCUCUCGAUGAAAAAUUGGUUGAAGAUGAUAAAGAGACAUUUGAUGCUGCGGAUUUAAACAAAGAUGGUUAUUUAAAUUCAGAAGAAUUCAAAGCUUACACACAUCCUGAAGAGACACCAAGAAUGUUCCCAUUGUUAUUGAAGCAAGCCUUACAAGAUAAAGAUACAGAUAAAGAUGGAUACAUUAAUUUUCAGGAAUAUAUUGGUGAUAGAGCCAAAUCCAAAGAUAAAGAAUGGUUACUGUCAGAAAAGGAUAAAUUUGAUAAUGAACAUGACAAAAACGGAGACGGUAGACUCGAUUCAGAUGAAGUUCUUUCUUGGCUUGUUCCAAGUAAUGAAGAAAUAGCAAGCGAGGAGGUGGAUCAUUUAUUCGCGGGUUCCGACGAUGAUCAUGAUAAUAGAUUAUCAUUCGAAGAGAUACUGGAUCAUCACGAUGCUUUUGUAGGAAGCGAAGCGACAGAUUAUGGUGACCAUUUACAAGAUAUCGAACGUUUCCAACGAGUCGAACUUUAAGAGCUACUGUGGUGGGCUGAUAAUGCGCAUAUUAUCUUUCGUAAUACUCAUAAGAUAUAUUUAUUUUAGACUGUGAAUAUAUUUUUAAUACACUGCUCAAAACGAUGAUAAAAUUAUGCCUUUAAUAAAUCUUGUAAGUAAAAUUAAAAAAUUUUUUUAAUUAACAUUUUUUUUUUAAUUUGUAUUUAAACAAGUAAAUUUACGAAACGUAUUUAAGUACUAAAGUUGUAAUGUUAAAAAAAAUUAUAUAUAUAUCUAGAAUCUAAUAUCUUCAUUAAAUUUUGUACAUAUGUUAUUUAAAAAAUAUUUCAUAAUUGUUUUGAGCAGUAUAUUUCAAUUUAUCUAAUGUUUAUAUAUUUCGUUUUAUUUCUAUGGAGCCAUUAGAAUAAAUUUAUAUUGACGACAAGACACAAUAUAAGAUUAAUGAAAUUUGCUCAUUGUAUAUGUUCACGAUGAUUCACAGAUGGUAUGUUACAUAAACCAUCGUCUUCCAAUUUCUACCAAACAUGAGUGCCAUAUUAGAGAAUGCAGAGAGAGAAAAUAGAUUAGAGUGACAAAAGAAUUGUAUUUCUUAUUGAAAAUAUGUAGCAUGAAGUUUAAAUCUCCCAUUAAUGUUUUAUAUUAUGCUAUGUGUAUAUUAUAUAUAUAUGUCUAUUGCAGAUAAAGCACAAUUUACUUGAAGUCACAAGGAAUUGAUAUAAUUUUAA